CGUUCUCAACGACACAGAGGGUUUCUAUCGCUUUGCCGGUAUAACUGAAUCAAAGCGGAUAGUCGGAAAGGAAUAUUGGAUAUUUGACCUCACAAUAACAGAGCAUUCCGCCCGCUCGACGUCCUGAGCGAGAUCGACACACCAUGGGUCUCUUGGCUCUAGGUACCCCUCUUUCAUGGGACGAGACGAAACCUUUGGCUGAGCAUAUCCGAUAUCAUGGAAUCACUCAGUUCUUGAAUACUUGGGAUAGGUGGAAGGAUAGGACAGGAAAGGGAUUACUGUGGGGUGACGAGAUCGAAUACAUGAUCGUCUCGUAUGAUGAUGACAAUCGCACUGCAUUGUUAUCUCUGCGUCAGACGGAGAUUUUGAAAAAGCUGCAAAGCGUCACACUGGAUCCAAAGCUCGAGCAGCUCAAGCCAAAGGACUGCACCGCGAUCCCCACAUUCCAUCCGGAAUACGGCAGAUACAUGAUCGAAUCAACCCCCGGAUGCCCAUUCACAGGCAAUCCCAAAGACCUUAUCUCUGUCGAAGCCGAUAUGCGAUUCCGACGAAAAAUCAUUCGAUCCCAUUUACUCCCUCAUGAACUCCCUCUCACCGUUACGUCUUGGCCUAGAUUGGGUGCUUUGGAUGACGGAAAAUUACCAUUCACUGAUCCGGAGACUUGGCCUGAUACGCAGAAGAGCAGUUCAAGGAGUCAAUAUGUCGGUGAAUUGUUGACGAACCCUCAUGCGAGGUUCCCAACACUCACAGCCAAUAUCCGGGCGAGGAGAGGAUCGCUCGUCGACAUUCGUGUACCGCUGUUCAUCGAUCAAAACACCAAUGUGCCCGAUACGGAGCAAAAGCACUUGUCAAAUGGUAUUCCUACUCCUGCCAAACCUCUGCCUGGGACACCUUCCAUUCACAUGGACGCCAUGGCUUUCGGUAUGGGAUGUUGUUGCCUUCAAAUUACGUUCCAAGCUUGGAACGUUGAUGAAGCGAGAAGAGUCUACGAUGCACUGGUUCCCGUCGCUCCGAUCAUGCUCGCUCUGACUGCUGCGAGUCCCGCUUUCCGUGGAUACCUUGCGGAUGUCGACGCUCGGUGGAAUGUCAUUGCGGCCAGCGUGGAUGAUCGAACGGAGGAGGAGAGAGGUCUCAAGCCUCUUAAGAGCGACCGCUAUUCCAUUCCCAAGUCUCGCUACGACUCUGUCGACCUGUACAUAUCAAACGAUCCUCGUAACAAGGAAAAAUACCAUGACACACAUGUGCCGAUGGACGAGGGAGUGAAGCAGCGAUUGACGGAACAUGGCGUCGACAAUCACCUUGCUUCACAUCUUGCUCACCUGUUCAUCCGCGAUCCUCUGGUUCAGUUCUCCGAGACCAUCGAUCAAGAUGACCAAGCGUCCAUGGAUCAUUUCGAGAACAUUCAAUCCACCAAUUGGCAGACAAUACGAUUCAAGCCACCGCCAGUCAACUCGCCAAUCGGCUGGCGGGUCGAGUUCAGAAGUAUGGAAGUUCAAAUGACAGAUUACGAGAACGCUGCAUUCUCCAUCUUCAUCGUCCUGUUGACAAGGGCCAUUCUGAGCUUUGAUCUCAACUUUUACAUGCCGAUUUCAGAGGUCGACGACAACAUGCAGCGAGCGCAACAACGAGAUGCUGCUGCGCGCAAUUCAUUCCAUUUCCGGCGAAACGUGUUCCCUCACGACAAGCCGAGAGAGCGAUUCGACCUGACAUCACGACCUGUGUCACCACCUGCGGGACAAUCGCCAACUUCUCCUACGUCCGCAUCGAUCCGAUCCGAAUCUAUAUCCCGAGUCAACGGGACAGCGAGUUCGAGUAGUAAGCCCACCACGCCGACGGGCAGUAGGCGAAACAGUGGCGAUCAUUUACGACCCUCUGGCUCGAGUCAAUUGCGGUCGUCUGUCUCUGCGCCUCCCACACCGCGGCGUACGGGUUCAUCUGCAUCACGUUGCUCUUCCGAGGAUGAGGAUAUCGGAGAGGAAGACGAGACUGCUCAGAUGACUCUGGAUGAAAUUAUCAAUGGGAAAGGCGAUCAUUUCCCUGGACUGAUGGGAGUCGUCAAUGCCUAUCUGAAUUCGUUGAACGUGGAUGUCGGGACGAAAUGCGAAUUGAGACGCUACCUGGACCUGAUCAAGUGGAGAUCAAAGGGCCGCCUUGUCACACCUGCCAAUUGGAUCAGAAAGUUCAUCACUACCCAUCCAGACUACAAGCACGAUUCAGUGGUCUCUCAGUCGAUCACGUAUGAUCUGGCCAAGGCAGUGGACGAGAUUGAACGAGGCGUGCGACCGUGUCCUGAACUAUUAGGCCACAAUUAUGUUGGCUCGGGACCGACGGGAUGUUUGUGAUUUCACCAGUCGUAAGGGGUUCGAAGGCAUUGUAUAUUGUGAGGCCAGUGGUACAUCUGUUUU